AUGGCAGCCAACGGGGGAACAAACCAUGAAGGCUUCACCAGCGGCCAUCACGACUUGAUGAAGCUUCUGAGUGAAGCUCGGCAAGAUAUUGGCAGCCAGCUUAGACGGAUCCUCCCAGAUCUACAUGUCCUUCGGGGCUUAGGCUCGACUAUCCUAUCCGGCGGGAUUAUUGACGACCGGGAAUACCUCAUUGAAGAAAUUAUUCAAGUCGCCACAUCACUACCGAAUGGUUCCAGUCUCCGUGAUGAGAUCACGGCCGAAUUCGUCAAGACACUGUGGAAUGGCCUUGAGCACCCUCCUAUAGCACGGCUGGGCGACGAGUACAGAUACCGUGCUGCAGAUGGUAGCAAUAAUAAUCCCUUGUAUCCUCAACUUGGAGCAGCGGGAAGUCAUUAUGUCCGGAGCGUGACUCCUCGGCACCCACGGCCCUAUGUGCUACCAGAUUCGUCCCUGAUCUUUGACACACUCCUUGCGCGCAGUGGUCCUGCGAAAGAACAUCCUUCCAAGAUAUCGAGCAGCCUGUUUCAUUUUGCGACUAUCAUCAUUCACGAUCUCUUCCGUACGGACGAUGUUGAUAUGACAAAACUGAAGAACUCGUCUUAUUUGGACCUGGGCCCCCUCUACGGCCACAAUGCGGAGCAGCAGAAGCUAGUGCGCACAUUUCAAGAUGGACUUCUAAAACCUGACACCAUCGCUGAACAACGACUGCUCGGACAGCCUCCUGGGGUGUGUGCUUUGAUCAUCGCUUUCAAUCGAUUCCACAACUACAUAGUCAAGGAGCUGGCCGUGAUUAACGAACGAGGGAGAUUUAGCCUACCCCCUGGAAUCACUCCAGAAAGCCCUGGGUACACUCAGGCGCAGGCAAAGCGGGACAAUGAUUUAUUCCAGACCGGGCGACUUGUUACCUGUGGUCUAUAUGUGAACAUUAUACUAGGCGACUAUCUGAGAACCAUAUUGAAUCUAAACACUAACCCGGUCGACUCGGAUUGGAAACUUGAUCCGCGGACAGAGAUCAGUGGAUUGAACUCACGGACCGUUCCGAGGGGUGUCGGAAAUCAAGUCAGUGCGGAGUUCAAUAUGAUCUAUAGAUGGCAUGCUGCCAUCAGCAACCACGACGAGGCCUGGUUACAAGGGUUCAUGAAGGAGGUGUUUGGCCCAGAUGUGAAUGCAAGCACUUUGACCGUUGACGAAUUCCUUACUGGCCUGCAGAAAUGGUUCCAGGGUGUUGACAGAGAUCCGGCAAAGUGGACUUUCGGAGGCUUGAAACGACAGCCGGACGGCAGCUUCAAAGAUGCAGAUCUGGCGAAUAUUUUGUACACUGGGACUGAGUGUGUCGCGGGUGCCUUCGGGGCGAACAACAUUCCACAAGCAAUGAAGGCUAUCGAGGUUCUUAGCAUCGAACAAGGCCGAAAGUGGGGACUAGCGACCCUGAAUGAAUUCCGGCGUUUCUUCAAGCUGAAAACGUAUUCAACGUUCGAGGAGGUCAACCCUGACCCUGCUGUUGGGGAAGCUUUGGAGACACUCUAUGGACAUCCGGACAAUAUCGAACUCUACGUCGGUAUACAGGCAGAGGAAGCCAAGCAACCAUUUUUCCCUGGAUCGGGGCUAUGCCCAGGUUUCACUAUUUCGGCAACGAUCUUAGCUGAUGCUAACACGCUUGUUCGGGGUGAUCGUUUCUAUACCGUUGAUUAUAGCCCCGUAAAUCUCACGAACUUCGGGUUUGCGAACACCCUCCCAGACUUCGAUGUCGCGCAAGGCGGCCUGAUGUACAAGCUUCUGUUGCGAGCCUUCCCUGGCUGGUACACUUCAAACAGUGUCUAUGCUCUGUACCCGUUCACCAUACCGGAGCAAAACCAAGAAAUCUUCACAAAGCGCGGAACAGCAGAUCAGUUAGACUUCCAUAGGCCUUCCUAUCAGGGUCAGCCUACUGCAGUGACUUCAUGGCAGGGUGUAACACAGGUGCUGAAUGAUCAGAAAGAGUUUCGUGUCCCGUGGGGCCCACAUACGUACCAGCUUACACAGCACGAUUACAUGCUAAGUGGGGAUUCAUCUGCUAAUGCUAAGCAGAGAGCUUUCGUGAAGGAGCGCCUGUACAAACCGACCGAUGGCCUUGAAGAGGUGAGGCAGUUCUAUGAAGAUGUAACAGUAGAGUUGCUGCACAAAUACAGCCGUAAGCUCGGUUCAGCAUAUCAGGUUGAUAUAGUUCGCGACGUCGGGAACCUCGCAAAUACCAAAUUCACGGCGGAAUUCUUCGGAAUCCCCCUACGGACGCCAGAGAGCAAGGACAAAGCUGACGGCUAUACGGAGAGGGAACUAUACGACAUACUUGCAGAGCUUUUUGGCUAUGUCUUCUUGGACGUGGACCCGGUUGAAUCGUUCAAACAUCGUGUUACCGCAUCACGGUCGUCCGAGCGCCUAGGGGAGGUUAUGCAGAAGCAUGUCGCGAGCUUAAACAAACCUCAUUUUGCUCUUGCUCGCGACAUCCUACGCAGUCACAGAACCAGCGAAAAGAAGUGUCCGUUAGCUGACUAUGGGCCAGAGCUGGAUACUAGACUUUCCGAUGGGGGACGCUCCGCUGAUGAGGUAGCCUGGACUAUUAUCCCAACUGCAGCUGCCGCCUGUGCUACUCAAGCCCAAGGUUGGGCUCAACUCAUCGACUUCUACCUGUCCGAUGCAUAUAAUAAAUACUGGCCUGACAUUCAAAGGGUCGCUCAAUCCGACGACAAAGACUCCUUUGAGAAGUUGAAAAAAUAUGCCCUGGAAGGAUUCCGCCUAUCAACCCCAGCAUUUGGUGUUCUUCGGUACGCAGCAAACGACACGACGAUCGAAGACAAAGUGAGAACCAUUCCAGUCAAGAAAGGCGACACGAUCCUGGCAGAUUUCGUAACAGCUGGCCGGGAUCCAACCAAGUUCCCCGAUCCUCAAGCCAUUAAGCUUGACCGUCCUGACGAGCUGUACAUACAUCACGGAUGGGGACCGCAUUCCUGCCUCGGGCGAGAGAUUGUAACCGUUGCAGCGGCUUCUAUGCUACGUGUCUUUGCUCGGGUAGAUGGUCUCAGACGCAGUCCUGGUCCUGCUGGGGAGAUGAAGAGUAAAUUGAUCAAUGGGGCAUUCAAGGUGUAUUUGCCUGAGGAUGGGACGGAAUGGUCACCAUUCCCUUGCAACAAAAAGGUGCUGUUUAAUAAAUUUUAG